ACAGGAGUUGGACACAAAAUGGUCGGUCGAGUCUGACGUUCGAGUUGAUGCCGAGCUAACAUAUUUGAGUUCGUAAAAAGUUUUACCUUCAAUCAAAAUAAUACAAAAUUUCAAUAACAAACCCAAGUAUCCAGUAAACUCGGGUAAUAGGGUAUUUUAAAUAUUUUUGAAGAUCUUAAAGAAUUAUUUGAAGAAAUUUCGUGUAAAUAAGUGAAACGACAAAGAGCCAAGCUGGCUAAAAAAGAACCAAAAAUGUCUACCAUAAGUGUAUUGAAUGAUUUGCGAAGCUAUUCUCGACACUGGCUCACAGAGUUUAUUGAAAUAUAUCGCAAGGAAGAAUGUUUGUGGAAGGCCAAACAUCCAGACUACAGCAAUCAUGCUGUACGAAAUAAUGCCUACGAUAAGCUUGUGGAGAAGUUAAAAGAGGUCGAACCGAAUCCGGACAGAGCUAUGGUGGUGCGGAAAAUAAACUCACUUCGUUCGGCCUUCAGGCGGGAAUUCCGAAAAACCCUGUCCAAAGAAAAUUACGAGACACGUUUGUGGUACUUUGAUAAAUUGAUGUUUAUCGCUGACCAGAAUCCAAAGCGUUUGUGUGGUGGAGUACAAAAGCGGGAACUAAAGAUCAAUUUUGAAGAUGAUAGUAUGGAAUACGAUCAGGAAGACGAUGCGGGGGUGGGCAAAAAUGAAUUAAUGGAUGGCACUGAAUUGCUUGAAGAAGUUACAGGCAAUCAAAUUAAAACAGAGAACAACCUCAGCAACUCGAUUCCCCUUCAGACCGCACAACUUCAUCAACAUCAACAUCAGCACCAACAGCAACAGCAACACCAGCAGACCCAACACCAACCGACCGCAGUGAAGGUGCUCGAGAUUACUACACUUGAUUCGAAUUCACAGAGAGAAAUACAGCAGGCCGUCAAUUCUUUGGAACAUCAUCAACAAAUGCAACAACAAAUUCAAAAUGCUCAAGCCCAGCAAACGCAAGUUACACAGAUUCAUCAUCAGCAAGUCCCCACCAUACAAAUAUCUCGAGAACAUCUUCCAACAUUAUUCAACUCGACGACUGCCUACGAAAAUCCACGACAAAAUGAUGAAUUUGAUGCAAUUGGCAUAAAUGUUGCAAGUAAAUUGCGUGUAAUGAAUCCCACGCAGAGAAUUAUUGCUGAAAAAUUGAUCAGUGACGUACUUUUUAACGGCCAACUAGACCAAUUACAUAUUUCGACCAGUUUAGCACACUAACACGAUAGGUGUACAGUAUUUAUUAUAAAUAAUUAUUGAAAUAUUAAAAUUUAUUUUAUAAGCUAAGAGUGUAAUUAAAAGAGAAUAAAAGUUAAAAUAUGAAAGUGAAUAA